AUUUUUCCUCUUCCUUGAUAUAAAAUCUUCAGCCGCCUCUGUAACACAAUUAGGGCUUCCGCUUUCUUCACCUUUCAGGAUCAGAGAUUCGUGACCUGAGAAGAAACUCAAUAUGAGUAAGCUUCAAAGUGAGGCUCUUAGAGAAGCCAUUACGACAAUCAAGGGCAAAUCCGAGGAGAAAAAACGUAACUUUGUUGAGACAGUGGAACUUCAGAUUGGUCUGAAGAACUAUGACCCACAAAAGGAUAAGCGUUUCAGUGGAUCUGUGAAGCUACCGCAUAUUCCUCGCCCGAAAAUGAAGAUCUGUAUGCUUGGAGAUGCUCAGCAUGUUGAGGAGGCAGAGAAAAUGGGACUUAGUAACAUGGAUGUUGAGGCUUUGAAAAAGCUUAACAAGAACAAGAAGCUUGUUAAGAAGCUUGCUAAGUCUUACCAUGCUUUCUUGGCUUCUGAAUCUGUCAUUAAGCAGAUUCCUCGUCUUCUUGGUCCUGGUCUUAACAAGGCAGGAAAGUUCCCAACUCUUGUGAGUCACCAAGAGUCUUUGGAAGCAAAGGUGAAUGAGACCAAAGCGACAGUGAAGUUCCAGUUGAAGAAAUUCUGUGUAUGGGUGUUGCUGUUGGUUCUGUGUAUGGGUGUUGCUGUUGGUAACCUUUCAAUGGAAGAGAAGCAGCUUUUCCAGAAUGUGCAGAUGAGCGUUAACUUCCUCGUCUCGCUCUUGAAGAAGAAUUGGCAAAACGUAAGGUGUUUGUACUUGAAGAGCACCAUGGGACCACCACAAAGAAUCUUUUGAGCUCUCUCUUCUUCUCCUUCUUCCAUCUCAGAAUUUUGCAUUCUGUUUUUGUUUCAGAGAUCUGUGCUUGUUGGGAUAUGGUUUGGAUUUAUAUUAGCAGUUGUUUUUGGUUGACAAUAUAUGAUGCACUAUCUAUUCAGUUCAAUUAUCGUUUACCUA